AAGUUCAGCGGAAGCUUUUAAGGCAAAAGCUACUCUCUCCUCAUUCUCCUGUUCUCAGCUUUGAGGGAUAAACCAUGGCCGCUACGACCUCCAUCCUCUCACCUUCCUCUGUAACCCACCGACAAACUCUGCAAUUCUCCUCGAAUUCCUCCUCCAAGCUCUUCUUCCUGAGGUCCCUCUCAAAACCCACUUCUCAAUUUAGCAGGUCCAUCAACAAACUCCACGUCUCCUCUCCAACCAACGAACCCACCACCAGCUCCGCCGCCACGGCCGCCGCCGCCGCCACCUCCAAGCCCACGGAAGAAAUGUUGUUCUUCGACGGCGGAGCCCAUUACGGCGACCUCGCCAUUAACUUGCUUCUGGGUUUCACUCUUCUGUGGCUGCCGCUUACUCUAGCCGCGGUUUCAAGGGCUUUCUUUCUCCGGUAUAGGUUCACCAAUUUGAGGGUUACUGUUAUUUCCGGUUGGACGGGACAAGACCGGAGCGAUUUCUCCUACAAAGUGAUCAAGGAUGUAAAAGUGGUGCCUCGUUUUGUGGGUGAAUGGGGUGACAUUGUUAUUACUUUGAAAGAUGGCACGAAGGUUGAUCUUAGGAGCGUCCCUAAAUUUAGAGAGAUUGCUCAGUAUUGCCUAUCCAUGGCUGAGGAAUCAACGGUUUUGAAGGAAACUAAGCCAAAAGGGUUUUGAGGAUCUCUUUGGAUUCGAUGACUGGUGGUAUUAGCGGUGCACAGCAUCUGUAUCUUUUCUAGAGUAUGGAGGACAAUGCAUUGAUGGCCUGGGGCUUUACAAGUUGAAUUUACUGCAGGGGCGUACCCUUAUCAAUGCUUUGACUUCUGGAUGAUAGUAGCUUAGUAUGUUAAGAGAAACCUAUGGUGACCAUGGAUCAGAGACUUGAUUUGAAAGGUGAAAGAAUUUGAAAAUGUUCUUGUUGACUGGAAAAUGACUGAACUUCAGAAAAUUAGUUUACAUGCCUUGCCUAAGAUUAUUUUGUAAAUUAAGAGAUGACAGCAAGGUUUAAAACAACAGCAUGGAGUCAGAUGGUUGUGUCUCUCAUGUUGGAACUAAUGCCUAUUGGCGGAAAUGUUUAUUAACUUGUGCAAGUAAAAGUAUUCCAUUUUGUGAA